GAGCCCCGAGCCCCGAAAUACCGAGGGAAGAGAUGGUCCUGUGUUCAGGACUGACAUAACAUUUACAGAAAGGUGACACACUAAAAAUGGCCCCUAAUUCCAUCCACUGGUUCCGGAGGGGCCUGCGUCUUCAUGACAACCCUGCGCUACAGGAGGCAGUGCGGGGGGCAGGCACCGUCCGCUGUGUGUACUUUUUGGACCCCUGGUUCGCCGGGUCCUCCAACCUUGGGGUCAACAGGUGGAGAUUUCUCCUUCAGUGCCUAGAUGAUCUCGACUCCAAUCUUCGGAAACUUAAUUCCCGCCUUUUUGUCAUCCGAGGUCAGCCAGCCAAUGUUUUCCCACGUCUCUUUAAGGAGUGGGAAAUAUCCAGGUUGACUUUCGAAUAUGACUCUGAACCAUUUGGGAAGGAGCGGGAUGCUGCCAUUAAAAAGCUUGCGAUGGAGGCAGGGGUGGAAGUCAUCGUCAAGAUCUCUCAUACACUGUACAAUCUGGACAAAAUAAUAGAGUUAAAUGGUGGUCAGCCUCCACUCACCUACAAGCGUUUCCAGACACUAAUCAGCCGCAUGGACCCACCAGAGAUGCCAGUGGAGACCUUGUCCAGUGCUCUGAUGGGUUGUUGUGUCACACCUAUCUCUGAAGACCAUGGGGACAAAUAUGGCGUGCCUUCAUUAGAAGAGCUGGGGUUUGACACAGAAGGCCUGCCCUCUGCUGUGUGGCCGGGUGGGGAAACUGAAGCGCUAACGAGGAUUGAGAGGCAUUUAGAGCGGAAGGCUUGGGUGGCAAACUUUGAGAGGCCGAGGAUGAAUGCCAACUCCCUGCUGGCCAGCCCCACCGGCCUGAGCCCCUACCUUCGCUUCGGCUGCCUCUCCUGUCGCCUCUUCUACUUCAAACUUACUGACCUCUACAGAAAGGUGAAAAAGACCAGCAAACCUCCCCUCUCCCUGUAUGGCCAGCUGCUGUGGCGAGAAUUUUUCUACACUGCCGCCACCACCAACCCGCGCUUCGACAAGAUGGAGGGCAACCCCAUCUGUGUGCGCAUCCCCUGGGAUAGAAACCCAGAGGCACUGGCCAAGUGGGCUGAGGCAAAGACUGGUUUCCCCUGGAUUGAUGCCAUCAUGACCCAGCUGAGGCAGGAGGGCUGGAUCCACCACCUGGCGCGGCAUGCUGUGGCCUGCUUCCUCACCCGAGGAGACCUGUGGAUCAGCUGGGAGGAGGGCAUGAAGGUGUUUGAGGAGCUCUUAUUGGAUGCAGACUGGAGUGUGAAUGCAGGCAGCUGGAUGUGGCUCUCCUGUAGCUCCUUCUUUCAGCAGUUCUUCCACUGCUAUUGUCCGGUGGGCUUCGGUCGGCGCACUGACCCUAACGGCGAUUUCAUUAGACGCUAUUUACCUGUUCUCAGAGGUUUUCCCGCCAAGUACAUCUACGACCCGUGGAACGCCCCGGAUACGGUGCAGGCUGCAGCAAAGUGCAUCAUCGGAGUCCACUACCCCAAACCCAUGGUGAACCACGCGGAGGCCAGCCGCCUUAACAUCGAGAGGAUGAAGCAGAUCUACCAGCAGCUUUCCCGCUACAGAGGGCUAGGACUUCUAGCCUCAGUGCCAUCUACACAUAAUGGGAACGGGAGUGGCAUAGCCUACUCUCCAGGAGAACAGCAGCCCGGGACCAACACACCAGCAACAACCGUGUCAAGCAGCACUGUUGCCAGCGGUAACAGGACUGGAAGUAUUCUGCUGAACUUUGACAACGAGGAGAACCAGGGACCAAGUGGGAUUCAGCAGCAACAGCAGCGGCUAGUCCGUCUGCUUCAUAAAGGAGGAAGCGUCACAGGUAAGAGGGACAGAGAAUCGGAACGAGACGCUGAAGGAGAAGACGACACCCUCUCCACCGCUCACAAGCUACAGAGACAAAUCGCAGAGAUCACAUCUGUCCACGCAGCCAGUGGGAACCAGUCUGCUAUGAGGAGCUAGAUGAGGGGCAUAUCAGCUGAAGUGAACGCAGCACUGAACCACUGAACACGGCACGUUGUGAACAGUAUCUCAUAAAAACAGCUUUCAGCGCUCUUUGUUAAACAAAUUGAAGGCUCUUUUUGGUCUUUUUUGUUUUGUUUUUUUUGUUUUGUUUAAUUUUUUUGUGUUUUUAUUUUUAUGAUUGUGUAUAGGGUGUUAGGAUGCAUUAUCCUGGGCCGUCUUGCAUUAAUGAUGCUUUAUAGUUUGGUUAGUCAGAAUCCAUUCAUGAGGCAAAUAAAUAAAAAAAAAAUCCCAUUCUGAAAUUUCUGUUGGAAUUUUUCGCUUAAAAUAUUUUAUUUUAGCAGAUUUCUUUUUUCUUUUCUUUGCUUGUACAUAAAUCUCACGUGGUUUUACAGAACAAUGAAGCCCACUAAAGUAGCUUUUUUAGUGUUUUAUAUCGAACAGAAUGCAAAAGAGAUUUUUUUGGGAGAAAGCAGUGUUUUCAGGAGAAUUUUAUGUGAGCGGUUAGGGGACCUCUACUACCAGCACCUGCCUGAUGGAUGCAUGUUCUAGCUAUAUAGAGUAUACUACUGCAUACAAAACUAUUACUGUCCUAUUUUUCUUCAGUAAAGCCUUUUUUACAGUUACAUUUUCCUGGAUUUCACACUCAGAAUUCAAUAUUCUCAGUAUUCUUGAAAAGUGGUAUAUUGCUAGUUUUUGUAAAGAAAAAAAAAAGAUUUAUAGUCAGAUUUUCUACAUUAAAUAUUUUUGUUAGUCCCUGUUGAAUGUAUCCGUGUUUUAACUGUGCGUAAACAUGAACAGCAGUUAGAACAUAGUGAAGUGGAAGUGGAAUCCUGGACACUGUAGAUUUGUAAAUCUUUGAUGUAAAAUUUUAAUGAUGGAUAUGUGACUCGUUGGUCUAAGUAACACUCUACUCUCUAACCCUCUAACUGGCCAUUUCUGUUUGUAUAUACAAAGAAAAUACUAUUAAAAGUAAAAUAAUGUAAUAUAAAGAGAUGAAUGCUGUUUGUUUCAUAGUGCAGAGUGAUUCUCACAGAGUCAGAAGGCACUCUUGCUGUAAAAGAGAUCAAAUUCAUUUGGACUUUAGUGUAUUUUUGUAUUUUCUAUGGUCUAACCAGGCCAGACCUCAGAGCCAGCAGAUGCCUAACACCUAACAGGACCUGAAGCACUGAGUCACUGCUAAUGCUGCCUUCAAGUCAUGUUGGAAUUAUUGUAUUUAACAAUGAGAAACUAGACAUAAAAAAGAUGAUUUAACAGAAAUUGCAGUGUUUCUUUAAUGCUUUACUCUUACCCACAUAUGAAUAGAUUAGAUUAGAAUUAUAUACUGAUAAUAUUCUGAUCUAUAAAAUUGCUCACAUAAUGUUCAUACUUUGCUCUUUGUUAAUUGUAAAUAUAUAUAUAUAUAUAUAUAUAUAUAUAUAUAUAUAUAUAUAUAUAUAUAUAUAUAUAUAUAUAUAUACUUGAAGUACUUUGGAAACAAAGAUUUGACCAAAAUCACUUAGCGUACGAACUUCUGUGGUGGACUUGAAGGCAGCAUAAGACUGAUAAGUGACCCUAGAUAACUAAACUGAAGUUAAUUGAGCCAAAAUUGACUUGAAAUUGUUUUAAAUACUUGUGAACUUCAGGCUAAUUCUUAAGAUUGUGCAGGAAGACAUUAUUGUCAUUAUUAUGUAAUUAUUUUGUGCAAUAGAAUUAGAAUGCAUUCUAAUACAUUUGCUUUUUGCUUUUUUUCCAUAAACACAUCACAACUGCAUCAUGUUACAUAGAUUUCAAUCUGUGAUACAAGAAAUAUAAACAUCCUGUCUUAAACAUGUUAAGUAAUGCUGUAUAUAAACAAAAGUCAUCUCAGUCAACAACAAACACAUUCCAAAGAAAACAUCGACCGUCUGUACCUUUUGUUGGUUAUUUUUCCUUUCCCCACCCAAAACAAAUCCCAGAUCUGAAAUUGGCCCAAACUUUUAACAGAUCAUGUGUAUUGUUUUUUUUUUCGGAACUCUCAAUAGGGAGAACAUUUUCUCUCUUUAUUUAAUUAUUUAGUUUUAUUUUAUUUUACAUUACAUCUGAUCCAUAUUUGACCUAUAUGUUCUUUUAUACUGUUUUCCUCUGUACUCUCAGCAGCUGGGAGACAUUUUAUUUUAUUGUUAUAUCAGAUUUAUAAUUGGCCCAAGCUUUAACAAGUUUUUCCAAAUUGGGUGAAUAUUUUUAUCUAUAUGUGUGUGUGUAUAUAUAUAUGUGUGUGUGUAUGUUUAGCUUUUUUCUUUUUUUCCCCGAAAAACUUUUUAAUUAUUUUUUUCAGCUUAAAUGGAAGUGGUGUGAAGCUGGACAGGGUGUCAUGAUGUUAAAUGGACUACACGGGUUAAUGGCUCUCCUCAGGGACACAGAUAACUGUAAAGAACGAGAAGUCCUUUUACUCUCCAUUUCUUCAUUUUACUCACAUUCUAACCCGUCUCCCUUCUUUCCUGCUUUGCUUUUACCACUGUAACCAAGACAAGAAGCCCAGCAUUGUGUUUCAGCCGUAUCCAAAGGACUUUUUGUUUGGUUUUGCUUUGUUCCCCCUUUAUUUUUUAUUUUAUUAUUUUUUUUUUUUGCACAGACCAAAAAAAGUCACAGAAGAAAUUUCAAAUAUAUUUCAAGUAUAUAUUUGUUUUGCUGUAAAAAAUAAUUUGAAGCAUAGUAUUAGUUGUGUAAUUGACUGUGUUCCAAAAAAUAAAUAAAUAAAAGCAUUGUCUGCUUUUAUUUUUAUUUUAUUUUUUGGAACACAGUCAAUUAUUAUUAUCCAAUUGUAUUUUCCAUUCAUUCUAUCACCUUUUUUUUUUUUUACCGAAAACCAUUUGCUGGUCAAAUUAGCAUCCUCCAGUGUUACCCAGGCGCUCCAUCCACUAACACGUUUACAGUGUCACCACACCUGGUGCUCAACAAAGAGCUUUUUCUGUACAAUUACAAUUAUAAUGUAGAUAUAGACUAUAAAACAUUCUGCCUAGCUGUGCACAGAUGACCGUUUAAGACGUAACUGACACAAAAACUGUGCUGAACUUGUGUUUGUGCUGUUCCUGGACCUGCUGUUGGCGUAGUCACAUCUGUACAGCAACCGGCGUAGCAAACAGGCUUUUGACGAGGUGAAGAGUCGACUUGAUUUCUGAAUGUUUCGAGCGCUUUUGACUGUAAAUUCUCUGUGCUGUUGUAUUUUCCUGUAUUUGUCUCGGUGGAAUAAGUGAUCCAUCCCUCCCGUUUGGAUUUUUGUUCUUUUUCUUUAUUUUCUGUGAAUACCUGUUUGAGUUCUGUCUACACUUUCUAUCCUCUAUCCUCCAGUCUGUUAACAGUUGUACUUGUGCAAAAUCAGUUUGAUGACAGAAGUAAAUUGUUGAAACUGG